AAAGUAGCUUGGUCAUUCAGGCUAUGUAUAUUAUUUUUUACGAUUAGAUAUUUGAUGAGAUUAAAGUCCACUUUAGUGCAUAACAUAUUCACUAAUAAGUCGAAGCUUCCUAGCGUAUCCAGCUGUUAUUGAGUAUCAACGAAACUAUUAACUACUCAUAUUACUUUGUACGAAUUCCAGACUAUUUACGUUCUACAUAUAAGAAAGCAACAAAAUAUCACCGAAAAUGAAAGUUUACGUUGUGGGUGUCGGUAUGACAAAAUUCGAAAAACCAGGCAAACGAGAUGAUUUCGAUUAUCCGGAUAUGGCAAAAGAAGCAGUUACUAAAGCUUUACAAGAUGCACGUAUUCCUUAUGAAUCUGUAAAAGCUGCCUGUGUUGGAUAUGUUUAUGGAGAUUCCACCUGUGGUCAGAGAGCAUUGUAUCAAGUUGGUCUUAAUGGUUGUCCUAUAUAUAAUGUAAAUAAUAAUUGUUCAACUGGUUCAACUGCUUUAUUAAUGGGUAAACAAAUUAUUGAAAAUGGUUCAGUUGAUUGUGUAAUAGCUCUUGGCUUUGAGAAAAUGGAAAGGGGCUCUUUGAUGUCAAAAUAUUUGGACCGUACAAAUCCAAUGGAUAAGCAUGUAGAACUUAUGUCUGAAAUUGCUGGUAUGGAUGAUAGUCCAAUUACUGCACAACUGUUUGGAAAUGCUGGGAUUGAACAUAUGAAGAAAUAUGGCACAAAACCAGAACAUUUUGCAAAGGUUGCUUACAAAAAUCAUUUACAUUCCAUAAACAAUCCAUACUCUCAAUUCCAAGAAAAAUAUACUCUAGAGCAAAUAAUGAAGUCUCCAAAAGUAUUUGGACCGCUCACUAAACUUCAAUGUUGUCCAACAUCAGACGGUUCAGCAGCUGUAGUUCUGGCCAAUGAAGACUUUGUUCACAAGCACAAGCUGGAAUCACAAGCAGUAGAAAUUGUAGGAAUGGAAAUGGUUACAGACACACCAUCUACAUUUUCAGAAAAAAGUUGUAUUAAACUUAUUGGAUAUGAUAUGACAAAGAUUGCUGCUGAAAAGCUGUUCACUCAAACUCCGUACAAACCGAGUGAUGUUAAUGUCAUAGAAUUGCACGAUUGCUUUUCAACAAACGAACUUAUCACUUAUGAAGCGUUAGGUCUGUGUCCACCUGGUCAAGGUGGAAAAUUAGUUGAUGCUGGAGAUAAUACAUAUGGAGGAAAAUAUGUAAUAAAUCCAAGCGGUGGUUUAAUCUCAAAGGGGCAUCCUUUAGGAGCAACAGGAUUAGCCCAAUGUACUGAACUUUGUUGGCAACUUCGAGGUUUAGCUGGUAAAAGACAAGUGCCAAAUGUAAAACUCGCAUUGCAACACAAUAUAGGCUUAGGCGGAGCGGUUGUAGUUGCCUUGUAUCGUAUGGGUUUCCUUGAUUCGGCGCAAUCGGCAACUAAAAAAGCUGUAAAUGGAACUCCCGAUCCGAAUUCCUUUAAAGCGAACGCGUUAUUCAAAGUAUUGGAAGUUGCAAUGCAAGACGAUCAAGACAAUUUAAUUGAAAAAGUUCGUGGAGUAUAUGGAAUUAAAAUAACUAAGGGAACAAAUGGUGAAGAAGGUUUCUGGAUAGUGGAUGCUAAAACAGGAAAAGGGAAAGUAGAAUACUUUGGAACCACGAAACCCGACGUUAUAAUUGCGAUUAAUGACAAUGAUAUCGUCGAUUUUAUAUCUGGAAAAUUGAACCCGCAGAAAGCAUUUUUCCAGGGAAAAAUCAAAAUUCAAGGUAACAUGGGAAUGGCAAUGAAAUUAAUUGAUUUACAGAAACGUGCCGCUAAAAAAAUUGAACUCCUUCGUUCCAAGUUGUAAAGUACAAAGUUUAUCUUUGUCUCGAUAACAAUGACGAAAGCAAGUAUCUGCAAAGAUAACACUUACACCAGUAAAAUGUGAAAGGUUGUACGUUGCAUAUAUGCAACAAAUUAAAAUGUCUAAAGAACAGAAACCUAAUGAAAAAAAUUAGAAAAUUUUUAUAUCAAAUAUAUUGACAGUUAAUAUUUUAAUCGGAAAUUCUAUUUUUAUAAUAUAAUAUAUUGUUUCUCACGUCGGGAGUAUAAAAUAUAGAAAAGUGAGGAUAUAGUGCAAUACAUAAGAUGCGAGAAAUAUGAUACUAAGUAUCUAUUUUUUAUUAUUCUGUUAAGUUUUCAUGUAUUCCAAAUUGAUUUCGUUCAGAACCAAGAUUAACUUAAUGAGUUCUUGAAUUUUAAGCCAAUUGGCCAUUUGUAUCAGUGUUACAUGUACGUCCAUUACAAUUAUACAUAUUACUAAUAAUUUUUUUAAUGGGAAACUUGCUUUAAAAAUCGUGUAUUAUUUUAUUUAUAUCUUUGUAUUCUUUACAGUGUAAAAAUUCUCCACAAAAAAAUCAUUUUUGUUCUAAAAAUAAGAUAUACAAAAGUUUUAUAUUGUAUAAAUGUUAUAAUAUUCAUUUUUCUUUUUCUACGAUUAAAUGAUUCAUCAAAAGCGGAUUUAUGUAUAUGCUUUUAUACAAUGUGUCUUUAGGGUGCAACAUAUUGUGAGAAUUUGUAUUGUUGUAUUAUCUAAACCACAAUACUUGGAAACAGGGUGUAAUAAAAAUGUUAUUAUACAAUUUUUAUACAAA